ACCGCAGCCUCUUUCCCCUCCUCAACAUUCUACUGUUCAAUUCGUCAUCAAUGAGCACGCGACGCCACGUUCAAACAUUUGCGUCGUUCCGACGCUCCAUCAGCAAACAUUGGCUCGGUGGGGUAAAUGUUGCCUUCGGGUGCUCGCAUGCGCGAGGUUGCGUUCACGUGCUUACACGCAGCAACGCUUAUUAUUCAUAUUAUCAUCGUGCCAUCGUUAUUUGUGUUAUUAUUAUUCAUAUGAUGUAACCUGCUCGGCGAUAGCAUGCGCGUUCACGUGCGCUAGCCAGGCGUGCACGCGUCCUUUAUGUUUAAUAAUUUUGCAUUUUCUUCUACACUGACAGCUAUAUGCCAAACAUUGGGAAUUCUAUUAAGAGCGAUACUGGUUACAAUAAUAAACGUGUUGUCAAAUUAAUAGCACUCGAAACGGAUCACUGGUUUUUUUGAAAACAUUAUUUUAUCAUUUGAAAGUAGUGUCAUUUAAAUUCCCAUAAACAUAUAAUGUAAUCACAAGUAUUGAAUUAUUUAUUCAUACCGUAAAUGAUCAUCUUUAUAUAUAUUUUUAAUGAAUUAAAAUGGAUUCUCGGCUAUAUUUUUAUCAUUAUUAUGAUUUUUUUUUUAACCAUUUAAAAGCGCCACCAAAAUCCGCACGCCUCAAUGUGAUAUUGGCGUUGCGAAAGUGGAAAGGAGAUACGGCGGCUGUUCCGUGGCACCGACCCCGAAAGCAGGCGUCGACUAUAAAUACUUUUACAAUUCCGCUCGCACGCUCGUCACUGCCAAUUCCGCAUUUGCAAACCUGUCAGUCGCAUAUGCGCAAUAAGUUGGUCCCGCGUUCGGAAUGUUUUCAUUCAUGUUUGCACAUGACGAAGAAAAGAUUCCUGCGGAAUGAUUCACUGCGGCGCACAGCAAAGUUGUGACUCUUUAGCUAAAAUAAUAACGCGUGUAUGAUUGACCAGUUUGUCUUCAUCGGCCACACUGUGAAGUGACUUUUUAAGAGGUGUGUUUUCGGGGUGCGCCAACUCUUGACGGGAUGUCGAAGGGGGGUGCGCGGCUUUAAAAGUUUGGGAAAAUGUGCACACCCCUUUCGAAAAGUCCGUUUAUAACCAAUGAAGGCCUCAUGGCGAAUCAUGCGUGUAUCGUUGUUGUUGUGACGUUGUGAGUUGAAAAUGACGCGGAGCGGGGUUCAUCGCAGCUCUUCCUGUUGUUGUUAUGAAGGAAAUGACUUUCCCAUGGAAGUCAUGUGUUUGAGGCGGUCCUCUGGGGUCUUUCCCCUCCCUCCUCCUGCUUUGUGUGCCGGAGCGGUCCGUGUUUUCACAGCCGGCGCGACGACCCACUUGUACAUAAUGGAGAGUGGAGUGCAAUUACACCGUCAUGUCUUCUCUCUGGGCACUACAUCUCAUGACGCUGAAGAACAACAAGCCCGCCGAAUUCUCACGAAUCAAUGAAUCGCGCCUAUCUAGGCGUAGCUAUGAAAAGCGGCCCGUGUUUGAUGUGAAUGAAUCGUUUUGAAAAACACGCAAUGGACAUGGAAACAAAAGUUUCGUAUUCCUACAGCAGCCCGUUUCGGCAAAUCAUCAAUAAAUCAUGCCUAUCGAGGCGCCGCUCGGCAACGCGCCGCUCUGUCUUUGCCCGCCAGAUGUCGCCAGGGCCGUCGAGCUGCUGGAGAAGCUGCAGGAGUCGGGCGACGUUCCCGGUUACAAGCUGCAGUCGCUGAAGAAGGUGCUCCAGAGCGAGUUCUGCACCGCCAUCCGCGAGGUGACUAGCCGAUCGUGUCCGGGUCGAGCGCUGUGCGGCGGCCGUGCGCCUAUUCCCGCGUGCGUCUCUCUCCUCAGGUGUACCAGUACAUGCACGAAACCAUCAACGUCAACGGCUGCCCCGAGUACCAGGCCAGAGCCACGGCCAAGGAUGCAAUGUAUAAUCGGCAGCCGGCGUCUCUUCCGCGUGCAGGCCACGGUCGCCGCCUUCGCCGCCAGCGAGGGCCACUCCCACCCGCGGGUGGUGGAGCUCCCCAAGACGGAGGAAGGCCUGGGCUUCAACGUGAUGGGCGGCAAGGAGCAGAACUCGCCUAUCUACAUCUCCCGCAUCAUUCCCGGCGGGGUGGCCGAGCGCCACGGCGGCCUCAAGAGAGGCGACCAGCUCCUGUCCGUCAACGGGGUGAGCGUGGAGGGCGAGCACCACGAGAAGGCGGUGGAGCUGCUGAAGGCGGCCAAGGAGAGCGUCAAGCUGGUGGUGCGCUACACGCCCAAGGUGCUGGAGGAGAUGGAGGCGCGCUUCGAGAAGCUGCGCACCGCCCGCCGCCGCCAGCAGCAGCAGCUGCUCAUGCAGCAGCAGCAGCAGCAGCAGCAGCACAACAUGUCCGCUCAGCAGAACCACACGUCGUAGGUUGUUCCAGAAGAAGAAGAAGUGAAGGCCAAGGUGACAUCUGCCGGAUCUCUCGGAAGUGCGACCAAAAGCCAAGUUCUCGGAGUCACGGGACUCUCCCACCGAUCCUGGCGUUCCGCGCCGAAAAACGGCGCCAGCGUUUUGUCCCAAAUUCGGUGCUUUGGAAAAAAGGAACACAAUGGAUGACGACGUCUGCGUUUUACCUUUUGUCUUCUCUUUAUGGUCUUUCUUUGCAUCGGUCCAUCUGUUUUUUUCCCAUCAUGCCUCAGUCCUCAUGGUGCUCGUGGAAGAACGUCAUUUUUAAGGCAAAUACUGUUUUGAUUGGUAGCAAAGGACUCGUUUUGUAUCCAGUAGCUUUAGCAAUAAACACGCAGGCAGGCAAGCAAUUAAUGAUUUGGAUUAUGAAGUAUUACUCACUAUUAAAAUAAUGAAAAUGUUCAUUUGUUUCUUAUUUGCGCCAAAAUGUGUUUGAUUUUUAAUGAUGAUUAUUGUGCAAUAAUUCCCCAUUAGACGAGCUGAAUGUCAGUCAGUUCCAACCCAAAUACCCCAGAUUUAUCUUUAUUUGACAUAGUUUAUUAUAUUUAUGAUCAGAGUUUUAUUGUUCUCUUUGUGUAUAUGUCGAAAGACGAUUAUUGGACGUCUUUAGAUUGUGCAGAUGAUGUGGGUGUUGGUAUUUUGACAAUCAUUGCUGAUGAAAAUGUGGAAUGUUUAAUAAUCCAGUGUUCCUUCUUUCGUGUUGAAACUUUAAAGAUCCAUUUUGUGCGUGUGUAUGUUUGUAUUUUCUCGACUUAUUCUUUUGUCCUCUAUCCAUGCCAAACUGACCAAAAAAAACCCCACAAGAAUUUACACUUUAUCAUCACAUUUUAUAGCAUUUAUGAGUGAUCGCUUCAUUUAAAGUGCGACACGUGCCACACUGCCAGAUUUGUACCAGUCAUAUGAUCAUAAUUAAUACUUUUCUUUUUGGGUUGCAUUGCAUUGUUUUCUACUUUGCAGUCAUUUCAAUUCUUAAAAAAAGACAUUGUUGAUAUGCAAUUGUUAUACAUACUAUAUUUGUAUAAAUAAACAUAUGUGCUUGUGUACAUUGAA